UUUCCAUCAUCAGCAGAGGGCGCUAGCACAUAAAUCCAGCCAUCUUGAAGAAGAAUCGGGUUCAGCCUCAUCGAGAUGGGAGUGUCUACCGUGCCAGGAGAUGAUGAGCGACUCACAGGGUUCGGAGAUUGUGUCAUUUCAAGCAAGAUGUCGAGUUCAUUCCAAGCGGAGGCCGUUGCUGCGCAUAAUCAAGCUCGCACAAACCAUGGGGUGCCACCCCUCAAACUGAACAAGGAACUCUGCAAACAUGCGCAGAAAUGGGCUGAUCAUUUGGCCAAUAUCGGCAAAUUGGAGCACAGUUCCAACCGGGAGUUUGGUGAAAAUGUUGCUAUGGUUUCCGGCUAUAAAGACUAUUCAGGACAGCAAGUGACUGACCAAUGGUACUCCGAGGUCCAAAAGUACAACUUUAGCUCUCCUGGAUUUCGAUCGGGGACAGGACAUUUUUCCCAGGUUGUAUGGAAAGACUCCAAGGAAAUGGGCAUCGGUAAAGCGGAGACAAAGGACGGCAAUAUCUUCGUCGUUGCUAAUUACAAACCACCAGGGAAUAUGAUGAGCAUGUACAAUGAGAAUGUUUUCCCUGUGCACGGCGGAGGCGUGUCUAAGGUGGUCACCCAUGGGGAGUUUUCUGCUGCAAGGGGUGGCGGUGAUGAGAAUGAACCCCUUUCAAAGUUUCAGCAAGACGCCCUCUCUGUCCACAACGAGCACCGAUCUAAGCACGGCGUUGAUUCGCUGAGGAUGUCAGCUGACUUAUGUAAGAGUGCACAGGAUUGGGCAGAGCAUCUUGCCAAGAAUGACUUAUUUGAACACAGCAAGGGCACGGAUAUUGGUGAGAAUGUGGCGAUGCAUUAUUCAUCAGCUACUACUGCAUAUUCAGGCAAGCAAGCUGCUGACCAGUGGUACAGUGAACUGAGUAAAUAUGACUUCAAUAAACCAGGAUUCACUAGCGGUACAGGUCAUUUCACUCAGAUGGUUUGGAAAGGUUCAAGAGAGUUUGGCAUCGGUAAGGCUGUCACCAAAGGCGGCAAAGUGAUUGUUGUUGGACAGUACCGGCCGCCGGGGAAUAUUGUUGGGCGGUUCGAAGACCACGUUUUCCCGCGACCCGACGGGUACAGACCUCAACCAACGGAAGCAAAAACAUCUAAGGUGACUCGCGUUGUACGAAGUACCGAGUACGUUGGUCAGGACCCAGCCAGGCCAAGAUCUGACGACAGACGCAUGGAUUCUGUUACCAGACAGGUUGCUGGCGUCAAACUAGACGCCCCUGAUCUAUCACCUUCCGACUUGUCUAAGUUUCAAAAGGAUGCUCUGGACUCGCAUAACAAAUACCGGUCACGUUACGGCGCUGCCGACUUGAAGCGAUCUGAUGAGCUGACGAAGAGGGCGCAAGACUGGGCAGCGCAUCUCGCUAAGAAUGACCAGUUUAAGAAUAGUGGCCAAUCAGAUGUUGGCGAAAACAUCGCUAUGCAUUACUCAAGUGCCAGUACAGCGUUUUCGGGUGAAGACACGUCCGAGAUGUGGUAUCGACAAAGCAGCAAAUAUGACUUCGAGAAACCCGGUUUCACAUCAGGGGCAGGCCACUUUACCCAGAUGGUCUGGAAGGACACCAAGGAGAUGGGUAUUGGAAAGGCCAUCACCAAGGAAGGCAAAGUCGUCCUGGUCGCAUUCUACCGCCCUCCAGGAAACGUCAUGGGAAAAUUCGAAGGUCAAGUGUCAAAGGAGAAAUAAGUAUGACCCAAUGACGUCACAGGAGGUAGGUCAAUCAUAAUCAAGAUUGACGAAGGUUAUAUGAAUGGUUGAAGGUUAUAUCUCAAUAUUUAUAACCAAUACAUCUAGUUCGUCUUUGUUUGGGAUCUGUAAAAUUUCCACAAAUCGGUAUAGCAAUUAUUAUCACUGAAGUAGACUCAUUGGUUUACUAUGAACAGGUGCCGAUUUUACAAAGAGUUAAGAUUGCAAAUCAAUCGUAGUCGGUUGCUAAGCAAAGUGUGACGUCACAACACAAAUCACUGUUGUAAAACUUACAAGUCAUGUUAAGAUAAUAUUAUUAUCUUCAUGUUUUGUGAAAUUGAGCCUGGCUAUGACAACAAUAAUUAUAAAGUAUGUAAGUUUUUAUCUCUUUUGGGGGUUGGAGCGAUGGAUGUUGUUUUAAAAGCACGUCCAAGCAGUACUAAUAAUUGUCACGAUUAAUUUUCAGCUGAAAUGUUUUAUAUAUUUAAUUUUUGUCGCAAUAAUUGCACUUCUUUCUUUCUAAGCACAUUGCUGUUAUAAUUCUAUUCUUUAAGAACAAUUUGAUUUCAUACAUUCCAAUAUUUUAUAUUUAAUGUAGGAUUGUUAAACACUAUCUGAUUUACCUUGUCCAUUUUAGCCCGUUGUUUGGGUUGGAUGUAUUUGAAAUAUGGUUCUUUGUUAAUUUCCAGGAAACCCCUUUUGUGCAAUGUUGUAACCUAAUAUCAAUAGUUGUUUAUUUGUAAAUAAGGACUUCUCGUAACCUCUUUCAUUCAGUGAGAGUUACAAAGGGACUUGAUGAAUAUAGCUCAAUCAGCGUCCAGUUAAAGGCAGUGGACACUAUUGGUAAUUACUCAAAAUAAUUAUCAUCAUAAAACCUUUCUUGGUGACGAGUAAU